CUCUAUUCUCCCUACUUUUCUUUUCUCUCUAGCACCGUUCGACUUUCAUCGGCUACUCUUCGUCGAGAGUUCGCUCUUAUCGGGAAGUUCGACGGGAUAAAACUUUUCUACGCGCGCACUACGUCGGUUACCGCCUCCGCUUGUACGCCCCUUGCCAACGAUAUCUCUCUCUCUCUCUCUCUCUCUCUGUCUCUCCGAGGCUGCGACGAAGAGAAGACGAAUCGCAUUCUUUAGCAUUCCCUCGCGAGUAAAAGUUCGAGCCGGUGGGUCAAAGUUCGUAAAAGAAGACCUAACCGUCGGUCGGUCAAAUGUCGUGCAGGUUGGAAGCGUGCAUUUUUCAACGCUCGAUGCGUCCAGCGACGUAGCAACGACGUCGCCUUAUAAGCGAAAGGAGUUGUCGGUCAAAUCGCGUUUUUAACGCGCGGAAACGACGAAACCCGAUCUAUCUCGGGUAUAAAAAUAUUUGGCAAGGUACGAGGGCUUGUCGCCGGUCGACUACGUUACUGAUCGAAGGGAGUUGGCGGUCCGUAGACGCGAACGAAAAGGGGAGCAACGCCGGGUCGCGUUAUACGAGCUUUCACACGACUAUUUUCUAUAGGGAUAUCAAGGCAUCGAGAAAACGGCGAAACCGUGCGGCCAUCUUGCACGAAGAAGAUCACCUACGUACGUAGAGACGCGUACUACACGUAUAUACGUACACGCGUAUGCCUACGAUAAUUGACGCUCGUCAUAUAUUCCUCGCUUCAAACUCGUGGCAAAAAACCUUUCUACUACGGUUCUCCGCAUCUCGAGCGUGAAACCGUUAGCUCGAAUCCGUCGACUCGUAGAGAGCUGAAAAUCUCUCCAAUAAAACAUGUUAUUACUACGAACGUUCGCUUCGCUAUUUUCCUUUUCUUUGGCAGAUACGCGUGUCGAUGCGACGUAUCGAGAUUGUUUACAUAUUUUUCUUCGCGAUUGUUUACAUACUUUUCGUUGUUCGGGUCGAACGUCGAGUGGCGUUUGAGGUCACCGAGAAGAAAUAAACGCGUCGAGAGAAUUGGAUAUCGCAUAACCCGUUAUCUACCGACGCAAGUAGGAAAUGUCGCGAAGACGUACGAAAGACGAAGAGAAUCACACGAAAGAAAAUCACGUAUGGUAGAAAAGAACGACGAUGCGUUUCUCUACGGUUCGUUGGCUCGUCCUUCUGGAGAGAAUUAGGCGCGCAUUUUCGAACGGUAAGCGCGGGAGAAGGAGCGCCGUCGUUCCUUUCUUUGCAACGAAACGAUCGGCGGAAACGCGAACGAUCUGAUCGUCCUUAGACGUCUCGAUGCGCGUUCGAUCGGAAACAGUCGACGGAGAACGAUGGAAACGUCACGUCGAACGAACGACAAGCCGUUGCUCGCGACAUCGAAGGAAGAGUCACCGCAAAGACGACGACGACGAUGGACGGCUUUCUAAACGCAUUCCACGAGCAACGUGGUCGUACUUGGGAGGUUUCGUCCGCCUACAUCGCGACGAGGACAAACGCGUAACUCGGCUUACGUGUUCCAUUAAUCGACUUUACGGAAACAAUGUCGGGUAGGUGCGAGCGACGAUUAAAGGUCGCGUCGCUCCUAAGCCCGGAAAGGCAUGGCAACGCGUUGCGCGAUUCGUUAAACACGUGUUAACGAAGCCAUGAUUCAUCGACCUCUACGGAGAUCGGCAACAGGUGUUCCCGCUGCGCAUUUCGCCUCCUUUUUAGGCCCAAAACACAAGCGACACGUCUAAACGCAGCAGCGGUGCAAGGCGUACCUGCGUCCGCGCAAAGUCCUUGGGAAGAUUCCCAUCGAACGAACGCUGCGAUCGACGAACGAAUUCCGAUUUCUCGCUCGAAGCUCGUUUUUUCUUCGGCACGUAUCGACGCGUAGAGCUAAGCCGCGUUUCCAUCGUUCGACAGGUAGGAGGAAGAAGUUCGCGAAGCUUCCUUCACCUGUCGCGCGAGGGCGGUAGACGCGACAGCGACGAAGACGUGCCUGCCAUCUUCGUCGAGAUCGUCUCUCUCUCUCGCUCGCUCGCUCGCUCGCUCGCUCGCUCGCUCCGGUCGUCGGCUCGACUCGCUCUUCGGUCGCGGGGAUCGGGAGAAAAGGAAGAGAGAAGAGAGCAGCACAGAGAAUCGAAGACGGGGCUCGUAGUUCGCUCGGCACGUAUUUUCCCCGUUCCGCGUCGAAUCGGCGUUCGCGGAUCGUCGCUUUUCCGUCCUUCGCCGUCGCUCGCUCCGUCUCCCUCCCCGCCCCGAGAGGCCCCGAACGGUCGCGAGAUGACGCGAUUGGUCCCUGCGAUCCCGCGUACGCGCGAACCGACCUUUAGUUCGUUCGCCGCCGAUCUCGCGUACGGUCGUACCUGUCGGUACCCGAUCGAGCGCUCGCCGGUUGGGAAGCAGUCGAUCCCAGUCGUUUUCGAUAGAUCGUCACGCGCGGUUCUCGUACGUGCCAGCGCCGAGAUACGAGAGAGGAGUCGGGGAGAGGAAGAAGGAAGAGGACGUGAAUCGAGAAUAGGAUAGAUCGCGCGAGUCGCGAGCGUGUCCGUUCGAGCCUCCUUCCGCGACCGGACAAUCUGGAAAGUCAAAGUGCUGGUCUCGAAAUGUCGUCCCUGAAGGGCGAUAAGACACCGUACGCGCGUCUUUGCCACAUCGUCAAGUGGGACGACUUUGACGGUUACGGCUUCAAUCUUCACGCGGAGAAAGGGAAGAACGGGCAGUACAUCGGUAAGGUGGACGAGGGUUCCCCGAGCCAAGCCGCUGGCUUGAAGCAAGGGGAUCGGAUCAUCGAGGUGAACGAGAUUAACAUAGCCAACGAGACUCACAAGCAGGUGGUCGAACGCAUCAAGGCGUUCCCGAACGAGACCAAGCUCCUGGUGCUCGAUCAGGAGGCUGACGAGCACUUCAGGGCUAACAACGUCGUCGUCAAGGGCACCAUGGCGAACGUCAAGGUGAUCAAGACGCCGGAGAGGAAUCCGAACAGCGUGGAUCACGAGGAGGGAUCGGACCACGGCGUCUCCGCCGACGAGAACGCACGAAAGUCGAGCGGGUCCAACGACACGGAGCACAGCGAUAGCACGGCAACGACGGUGAACGCUUCUACGAUAGCGGUGACAACGACGAUGACGACGACGGCGUCCUCGACGACGAUGUCCUCGUUGUCGAGCGAAAACGAAGAGACGAGCGUCGCUCGAGAAAACGGCAGCGCUAAUUCGAGAAACAGCGAGACGACGGAGGCUCACGUUCACGGAACCGGCAACGGCACCGUGACCGGAAACAACGAGCCCAGGCAAGGUUUGAACCUGAAGAUGAGCGCGAAGGAGCUCAGGGCUCAGCUGGCGGCACGGAAGAAGUACGAUCCCAAGAAGGAGUCGAUCGGCUUCAAGGACAAAUUCGACAUCGUUCAGAAACUUUAAUCGUUAAGUCGGCCGAUCAAGAAGAACGAACGAACACAAAAGAAAGAGAGAAAGAAACGAAAAUCGAAAGGAUACGGUAUCUCGAUCUAAAACCCACGGUGCUUCGUACUUUUCGGCGGUCCUUUCCGCUCCUUGCGUCUUCUCUCCUUCCGUCCGUCUCUGUCUCUCCCUCUCCCUCCGAUCGACCCUUCCCCUUUACUUCCCUCCUACUUACUCGUUAUUACGAACACGAGUCGAGUCCGUCGCCCAAAUUUUAUCUAGCGGUAGGAAGGCGCGUUAUCGAAAAGGAAGGUACACGUACGAUUACGUCCAUCCGGUCGUUGCGAUAAACUCGCGACGCGUUACGUUCGUUGGCUUUGUUAAUUAUCGUUUUAAGCGGGAAGAUCGCGUGAUGAAGGUACGCGGUAGAUACAGGUAUAGCAUAGGUAUGCGAGCGUAUGGGAAAAGAGAGAAAGGACGAACUGUCGCGUUCCCCGUUCGUAGAGGAUCCUCGCGAAUACGAAAAUCUCGUGAAUCGGUGUGGUACGAUGGGUGGAGAGAAACGAACGUUCGGUUGGUAACGCGAGUCCGGAUAUACGUAAUUACGAAGACACGGAUAAUUACGGUAAAUUCGUUCCCCGAAGAUGUUACCGCGAUUACCUACCAUUUUCGCGGCAAAAUACUUCCGGAUAUUCGUUCGUUAGGCAGCCUCCUACUCAUUUUCCUUUUCCCGUCUUUCGCAAUCGGUUUGUCGUUAAAAUCUAUUUUCUUUUUUUCCUUUCGUUUCUUUUUCAAAGCUUUGCAUCGUCGCCCGGGAGGGAGUCGAUAAAAGUCCCGAUAACGGUCGCACGUUGCGCCGAUUCUUAAUCAUCGUCCUAAAAACUCUCUCUUCGCGAGACUCGCCUCGUAAUGGGUAUCGUCGGCUCGAAGCCAUAGCCCCGGCCUUUCUCAAAUAUUCUUUCCAAGGACCGGCCGACUCCUCCUCCGCGGGAUAUCGAGGAAAGCGAUAUCGCCUUUGACGCAGAUCGUCCUUUAUGUUUUCUCCUUUACAAACUCUACGUCCACUCGCCUUUCCCACUUUCCUUUCCGGCCGUUACGAAAAGAAAUCUGCGUGUGGGUUGCGAAGAAACUGCGUUUCUCCGAUCAUCGGAUGGAAUUUUUCAUCGAUAAGAAAUAACGAUAACGCCAAUACAUUAUUACGAUUAUCGAGAUAGAAGGAAGUCGUGGAAACGUAAUAGAAAGUGUAAUAUGUAGUCCGCUAAUACAACGUGUCCUACAUGUCGAUAAAAUAGCAAGUAACGUGCGAUUGUAAAAAUGUUAUUACGACGAAAUGAGAUAACCGCGUUUUAGCGUAGCGAGUAACGCGAAUGCGCGUAAGAACGCGAACGUACGAUACUGAGAAUACAAUAUUUUUCGCGUAGUUGGUUACACGCUUGAAUCGAGACUCGAGGAGAGUCGUAGGAGCGUAUAUAAAAGUUAGCUUUACGUCUGACUCUACGUUGCUAAAUAUUACGACGACACGUUGUGCAACAUUCAAUUAUCGUUAUCGUCGUUGGUACGCGCUCACCUGCAUCUAACCCGAGUCAGAGACGCGAUUCCUACUCGCGGCGCGUACCGACGACUUUUCGUCGUUUCCCUUUCUUCGAAAUCUCCAAAAUGGCAUCAUGAUUUCUUAGUUCCGAAUAGGUACGAAUAGACUCUUAUAGAUUUUACGCGCCGGAUAAUUUUCACGCAAAUUCCCUUCCACGAUUACUUGUUACGCCAGCCGUCGUCCUUUCCAGCGACGUCAGCGCAACGUUAGAUCGUCCCGAUCGUUCCAUCGUUCGAGCCCAUACGCUUGUAGCGAUCGUACGUACUCGUUAAGCGACGAGAUUGCGCACUCGCGUCGGCACGUAGUACUCGAUGACAUUAGACCAUUACUCCAAAUACCGUUAAGCCGACGCGUCUUCGACUCUUGUACGUUCGCGCAAAGGAUCGCCUUCAAGGAUCGCCGAUCGUGAAUGGAAUUUUAAUGCGCGAGGUCGUUGUUUGCAUCAUCGAUCAUCGCCGAUUAGCGUUACGUGCGAGACGCGAUGCACGAAAAAAGGGCGUACGCGUAUGGGUUCGUUAGUUCGGUAAGGAUUUUUUCUUGUUUUUUGUUUUUUUUUUUUUUAUUAUCGAGAGUUACGCACGUCGCGUCGUUUCGAUCUCGCCAAGCGCGCGUAAAGUCGGGGUUCCUAAGGAGACGUUGUCGCACGGAUAGAUUAAAGUCGAUCUAGAUGCCUACCUUAUCGACGUUAGGAAGGACACGGUGACCGCCAUCGUUACGACACCGUUGUAUAAACGCUAUAGAAUUUUUCGACGAGGUAAACCGUACCACAUGGCUCCUCCUCGGCUAAUCCUCCUAAUCGUAUAGCUCUAAUCGUCUCGUAAUAACACACGUUCGCACGUUAAUCAUCACGUUUUCUGCAAUACGUUUGAUCGUUGUAAAAUGUAAAUAUUAGAAGUCGUGUGCCAGUUUCGGUGCAACGAUCACGAGGAAAGGGUGGAUGCUACGAAGAAACGUCGAUGCAAAUUCAACGUUAUUAUUAUUAUUUUUUUUUUUUCAAUCUCACUGUUUAUUUUAUCUCUUACUACCCAACGGUCAAUAGUUACUCGCUACUUUUCAAGUAAAGAUCGUAACGGAUCGGAUAGAUUCGAGAAACGAUGUAUAUUUUGUUUUGAAAAAAUCGUAAUCUUUUCUAUCGAUUGGUUGCACCGAACUUUUAAAAUGUAUAUAAUUAUAAGCACAUAUACAUACGCACGUUUUUUUUUCUUCCGUUCUUCCCGCAAGAAUGGAACGUGCACGUUGUUACGGUUAUCGAGCACAUAAAGAUGUUGAUUACGUUAGUUUAAGUUUACUAUUUUCUUGUUCGAUUAUAAGACUUAGUUAUUGUGUUACUCAUUGUAGUACGCGUUCGCGCGUACCCGUCUAUUUACAUAAAACGUCGAUGUACGUGUUAUUA